AUGGACACGCUGCGCGACCGCCUGGGUCUGACCAAGAAGCCCAAUCCUACGCCGAGAGACGACCCCUUCUACGGCGUCGACACCCCGUCCUCGGCGCUCGACAAGUAUGCACCGGGCGCCAUCAUUCGAUCCAGAGAAGUUCGCAUUGCCGAUUUCCCAGACUUUGACGCCCACAAAGUCAAGGUGUGGCAGCUUGCGGUGCGCUCCACGACGCCACACGGCAAAUCGCAGGUGUUUGUCGCCACCGUCAUCCGGCCUCCCAACGCGACGGGCGACAAGAUUGUGACCCAGUGUCCCAAGACAGACUCGUGCAAUCCCAAGUGCCGCACCUCCUACAUUCUCCGGCAGGGCACACCAGGCCUGACAGCAGGCUACUCGGAACAGAUUUUCAUGGAGGGCUUCCUUGACCGUGGCUACAUCAUCUGCGUGCCGGAUUAUGAGGGUCAACGAGACAGCUUCGGCAGCGGCUACGACGCCGCAUACUGCACCCUCGAUUCCAUGCGGGCCGUCCUUAAAUUCGGCCAGACGCUCAAGCUUGCUGAGCCGAGUGCUGUCAAGAUCAUCGGCUGGGGCUACAGCGGUGGUGCAAUUGCAAUCGGCUGGGCUGCUCAGAUGCUCGACAUAUAUGCUCCCGAGCUCAGCCAGAAUGUGGUAGGAUGGAGCAUGGGCGGUGUGCCCGUGGACCUCCGCUCCGUGGCACUGUCGGUCAAUGACACGAUUGCCUCGGGACUGAUCAUCGGCGUCGUACAAGGACUUGCGAACUCCUACCCCAAGCUGCAAAAGUGGAUCAAUGACAACACGACAGACGACGGCAAGAAGAUCUUCGCAACGGCAACGGGGCAGUGUUUCAAAAGCUUCAUGUGGGAAAACUUCAGAAAGGACGUUCUGGGCUUGGUCAAAGGUUCCAAUGACGGGACCCUUUUUACGGUAAAGGGUAACCCGCUUGAUGACAAGUUACUCACAGAGAUGACAUCCCGAAACAAGAUGGGCGCACUGUGCGACACGGACAACCGAGCGGUCCCGCGUAAGCCGAUGUACAUCUACCAGGGCAUCAAGGACUACGUCGUGCCGAUUGCGACCGUCGAUGCGCUGGUGGCCAAGUGGGCAAAGAAGGGCACCACAAUUGAAUACGCAAAGGACACCAAAGCGCUCCAUGUCGGACUCGUCUUUAAAGGUCACGCACAAAAUGUCAAGUGGAUCGAAGACCGCUUUGAGGGAAGGCCCAAUCCAGCCGACAAGUACAGCCAGCGUAAAGAGGCGCUGGUCACUAUAGACGCAUCGGAUAUUCGAAGCGAUGAAUCCAAGGAGUUCCUUGGCGAGAAGCGCUGCAAGACCAUCGAGAAACACUACGACGUCAACUACGCCGACAAACCCAACAAGCCCUUUUUUUACACCUGA